AGAACACAGCCACUAAGUCAUUCAGAGGUAUUUGUUGACUGAAACACUUCCAUAAAGAUGAACGCGAGCCUGUCUGAAAUGCGCGAGUCCACGGCUCUGUGUUAUGAUUCUCUGAACAACUCGUGUCCUCGGACCGUGUACCCGCUCACCUUGCGCCUUUCACUCUACUUCCUCUUCACCACCAUCUUCAUCCUCACCGUGAGCGGAAACCUGUUAGUCAUCUUUGUCAUCUUUCUUUCUCAGAAUCAUCUUUCAACAGCCACCAAUCACCUUAUCCUGUCUCUUUCUUUGGCUGGGGUUCUGAUUGGAGGAUUUGUGAUGCCACACAGCAUGACGCGUUCCAUCGAAACCUGCUGGUACUUUGGCCUAAUUUUCUGUGAAUUUCACACCACUGUUGAUGUUGUGCUGUGUAACACCACCGUCUGGCACCUUUCCUUUAUCUCUGUUGAUCGUUACUUGGCUAUAUUUCAUCCUCUGCACUACAGAAACCUGAUGACGAAGAAUACAGGUGCGGCCAUGAUCAUUUCCAGUUGGGGUCUGGCGUUAGUGUUCGGCUUUGCUAUUGUCAUUUCAAAUCCUGAAGUCAAGAUCAGGGAGGAUUUUUACAAAUCCUGUGUGGGAGGAUGUUUUUCUUUACAUGCCAGAGAAAUUGGGCUGGAAUAUUCCAUUAUCUUCUACUUUAUCCCUGUAUGUAUCAUAAUCACUGUCUACGGCAGGAUAUUUUUUGUGGCACAAAGACACGCCAAAGUGAUUCAUAGCUAUAGUAAAGGCCCAAAACUUUCUGCCCAAUUGACAGCUAAAGAUCUCAAAGCUACCAAAACCCUUGCUAUAGUUGUCGGAACCUUCCUUUUUUGCUGGACGCCAUUUUUUAUGUGCAAUAUUAUCGACCCACUAAUAGGCCAUUCAAUCAAUACCCUUUUGUAUGAAUCUCUUAUGUGGGUUGCGUACUUAAAUGCAAUGUUUAAUCCUUUAAUAUAUGUGUUUUUCUAUAGCUGGUUCAGAAAAACAGCAAAGGUUUUCCUGAGCAAAUUGUUCAUGCAGAUGUAACCCAAGUGUAAAAGAUGUAGCAACAAAUAUCAACCUAUAUAUAUCUAUAUGUAAGUAGAAUUUUAGAUAUUUCAGAAAACUGAGAUUAUUUAAAUACAUUCUUGUACAUUAAUAAAUGUGACACUUACUGUCCUGGUGAAAUUAGUGUAUUGUAAUGUUUUUGAAGAAAAUUUAAAACAGAUUUUAGAAGCUAUUAUCUGGCAGGUAAAAUUCAUCAGGUAAAGAUGUUCCUAGUCACUGUAUUAACAGCAAAAUGAGGAAACUGUAUCUGUUAGGUUUGAUUAUGAUCUUGUGGUGAAAACCAGCAGGGAAUGUCAAGAUGUUCUCCAGUGCUGAACAAGCAGAAAAUAAAUAACAAUUGCAUAUACUGUCCUAGGGUUAGUAUUUUCCCAUGAAAGGCUGUCUCUUUUUUAAAACUCUGGUCACAGUUCAACAAACUUGUAUCUCAACCAGCACAGUGGCGACUGAAUAUGUGCACA